AUUUUGUGUGGUAAUUAACUGGUGAGAGAGUUCAACAUCCAAUCUUUCUCUCUCUCUCUCUAUCUUUUAUCUCUCACACUCUUAAAAUGCUUCUUCUAUCUCCGAUCUCUGCCUCUCUUCCACCGUCGUUUCACCGGGGUAAUUUGAUCCGGCGAUCAAUUAAGCCGUUAGGUAGGGUUGUUGCAAAGGCCAAGGACAACACCGACACUGGUGGAUUUCUGGAGACGGCAGCUAUAGCCGGUAGUUUAGUGUCGACGCCGGUUAUUGGAUGGUCACUCUACACUUUGAAGACCACGGGAUGUGGCUUACCUCCCGGACCGGCCGGUUUAAUCGGAGCGUUGGAAGGUGUGAGCUACUUGGUGGUGGUUGGCAUCGUGGGCUGGUCUUUGUACACUAAAACAAAAACUGGGUCAGGUCUGCCAAAUGGGCCAUUUGGUUUGUUGGGUGCGGUCGAGGGUUUAUCGUAUCUGUCGGUUCUAGCCAUUCUUGUGGUGUUUGGUAUUCAGUUCUUGGAUAAUGGGUCGGUUCCAGGUCCACUUCCUAGUGACCAGUGUUUUGGUUAACCACGUGUAAUGUCGUAUAAAUAAAGUGUCAAAUUAAUAAUUGCUUUCAUUGACCAUAUUCGCAAUUUAGCCAGGGAUUAUAAAAUUUAAUGAGAACAUUUGGUAAUCAUAACCUAC